UGCCCCAACCCUCCCUGUGGCUGCACCCCAGCCAGGGGGUGUCCCUGGGGGACACUGUCACCCUGUGGUGCCACCUGCCCCAGCCGGCUGCCUGGGUCCGGCUCUGCCAGGAUGAACGAUCCAUCUCCUGCAUGUACGAGCGCCAGGUGCAGAAUACGACCGAGUUCUCCUUUGUUAUCUCAACGUGGAUGCAUGCAGGGACAUACUGGUGCCAGUACCAGGGGUUGGAGCCUUGGGAGACAUCAGAGAAGAGUGAUCCCAUGGAGCUGGUGGUGACAGAUUACAACUUACCUGCACCCAGCAUUUCCCUGUGCCUGAAGGGAUGUGAGGAAAUGGGGACCAAUGUCACCAUCUGUGUGGAGACAAGGACCAAUGUCACCAUCCAGUGCUGGGGCAAGGAUGAUGAGUCUUCCCUCCUCCUGCACAGGGACGGGUGCUCAGCCCCUAUCCAGCGCCAGGACCCUGAUGGUGGGAGUGUGGCCACCUUCACCCUCUUUGGGGUGACCCCAACUGACAGCGGCACCUAUAGGUGCUCCUACCACCCCAAGAACUACCCCUUUGUGUCCUCACCCCUUGGCAACAGCGUGGUGCUAAAGGUGACACCCACACCUACACCCCCAGACCCCACAGGUGCCAUAGCGGGGCCCCGUUGGAACCUGGUGGUGGCUGUGGUGGGAGGUUGCAUUGCUGCCAUCAUGUUUAUCCUCGUCCUCUUCUUCCUCGUUGCUGCCCACAGACGAUGGAUAUGGAGAGAUGGAAAUCCUCAAGGUGCCACCCCCAGAAGGCCCGAGACCGUGCAGUUCCAG